CUGCUCGCGCCCCACCCCGCCCUCACCGCCGCUCUGGGGGCGGCGGGCAGCUGGCGGGAGGUGCGCGAGGUGCUGGCAGGGCUAGCGGCGACCGCGUAUGCGCUGCGCCGCGUCCCCGUAUGGCCCGAUGCGCCCUGCAGCGCCCCCUGGAUAGCCGGCGAGGGAGGGGCGCAGGGGGCCGCCUCGCUGCCUCUCAGGAUACGGCAGGAGUUCAUCCCCUACGGCCGCCGCCCCGGCUCGCUGUCCUGCGUGUGGCUGCCGCUGCUGCACGAGCCCUGUUUGUACGGCGGUCGGGGCAUGCUGGCCCUGGAGUUUGCGCACUGGAAGCAUGGCCGGCGACUGAGCGGGGUGGUGGAGGCGGGGAGGCACAACACCAUUGGAUGGACGGCGGCCGAGCUGGGCCCCUCCGUUCCGCCCUCCAACUCCACUCCCACGUCCCGCAUCUUCAACGUGGCGAUGGACGAGGUGGCUCGCGCCUGGUCGCUUAGGAGGACCCACAUGCACAGGGUACUGUACCUGCUCAACCCGCUCAAUGUGACCUCCCCCGCGGGGACGGACGAGGACGUUGAUACUCGCGCCGCGCUGUCGGAGUGCAAGGCAACCAACCCGUAUGAGAUAGAGCAGGACCUUCUUGAUAAGCCGUACAGUAACGGUACGACCACAACCCUGAACUUCAUUCCAGCAUCCAUCAGCCGCGACGGUAUCAUCCGGCCCGCGGCAGCCAUCCCAGGAUACAACAUACCACUGAUGCCGGCGCCUGUGACAGCGGCAGCGGCGGCGGCAGCGGCAGCGGCAGCGGCGGAGGCUCAUAAUGGUACGAUAGUUGCUGACGGCGGCGGCGCCGCCGCUAACAGUACGACGGGUGGCUCCGUCGGCGAUACGAGUGGUACGGCCGACGGAGGCGCCGUGGCGUCACAGGUACCUGCUGCGGCGACGUCAAGAGUGGCGGUGGCGUUAGGUACGACGGCAGUUGGGGCGUCGUCGGGGGAGGACAGUGGCGCUGCCGGCACGACAAUACCCGCCGCCACCAGCGGAAAUCGCGGCGUCACCGCCGGUUCUGAGGCCACCUCUGCCUCUGGCGGCUCCCUCACCGUCACCAACACCAACGCCAACACCAAGACCACCUCCGGAACCAACUCAGCCAUGGAGACAAGCACCGCCGGCAGCAGCAGCAGCAGUAGCAGCACCAGCACCGCCGGCAGCACUGCCACGGGUGUUGAUUCUGAAUCAACAGCAGCAGCAGUAGGGCUUGCAGCAGCAGCGGCAGCAGCAGCAGCAGCAGGAGGUACGACAACCGGAGGCCUCAACACUGACAUCUCCGCCACCUCUGGUGGCACCGUUGCGGCUGCUGCUGCUGGAGCCUCUGAGGCCUCUCAUGGAAUAUCCGCCGGUUCUACGGAUACUGCUGCUGCGUCGGCGGCUGCCGGGACCGGGGCCGUCAUAAGGGGAGGUGCUACUGGGACAAUGACCGGAGGAGGUGCCACUGCCGGGACCAUGACCGGAGGAGCUGCCACUGCCGGGACCAUGACCGGAGGAGCUGCCACUGCCGGGGCCAUGACCGGAGGAGGAGGAGGAGGUGCUGCGGAGGACACAGCGGCGGCAGCAGCAGCCGCCACUGCUGUCCGCAUGUCAGCGGGUGCGGGAGAAGUGGCCACGGAGGACAUGGGGGGAACAGCGGGAGUGGACGCUACCGCGGCUGCUGCGGGUGCGGGUACGGCUGGUGCGGGUGGGGUUACGAGCAGAAGCAUGACAGCGUCUGCAGGCACGGGC